AUGGAUAAAGAUGACGAAUAUACAGUGACGCCAUCGCAGCGACAAUCUGCGCCAUUUUUCUUGAGUGGUUUUCUUGCUCAAUCAUGUGUGGUUGCGAUAUGUGUUAUGAUUGGGUUAUGGAUGGGAGUUUAUAGCAGUCAUCCUGGUCUCGAUUGGACUGAUACCUUUCAUCGUUUACAUCUCCAUCCAUUCCUAAUGGUAGUUGCGGUUGUAUUUUCUGCUACUGAGGCUAUCUUAAUCUUCCGGAUGCUGCGUACGAUUUCCAAGCCGACGGUAAAAGCGAUCCAUGUUUUCCUGCAUACGGCCACCCUAGCUUUGGUUGGAACUGCCUUGGCAGCAGUGAUUAAAUCGAAGAACGACUUGAAAUUUACUCAUUUUUAUAGCGCUCAUAGUUGGUUUGCCUUAAUAGUUCUCUUCUUAUACGCCAGUGAGUAUGUAGCAGGAAUUAUAGUUUUCGUACUACCAACGCGCUGCAUCUCAGACACCAUGCGUCAGAAUAUUCUACCCUUUCACAAAUUCUUUGGUCUUUGUACAUAUGUCUUCGCUCUCAUUACCAUCGGUAUGGGUGUAUUUGAUUUCUUGGAAUCAAUUGUUGG